UAAAAGUUUGUGAGCAAACAAGUUUUUGCCGAUGCUGCACACAUUUUCAUUUUAAAUCUGAGCCAGGCCAUGUUUAGGUGUAUAUACAUAAACUUGGCAAGCACCGCCCAUUUCCAUAUAAGGAAAUUUACAUCCGGGUCAUAUACGAGAGGUCAAAUGUCAUUGGUCAGUAGGAUAAAUUUUGGCCCCUGCUCAGCCUCCGGGUACCCCAUAGCUUACCCAUUCUUGAAAAAACGACGCCAUAUUAGAUUAGGAAAAAACAGACAUUAGGAAAAACAAAAAAUUUAUACCAAUCUUGGACAAUAUCUUUUGAAAAAGAUUCAUCAGAAGUGAAAGUGAAAGUCAAUAGAACUUUAGCACGUGCAUCAGCAAAAAAUCGGAAGACGAUCGCCGCGUUUCAAGGCCACAUUUGAAGAUGUUUGUCAUGACGAAGUGACCGGAGCCGAAUCAAUUGAGACAGAGGAGAGUAUUGUUACGAUUGCGAAUGCUAAUCCGAGUACUCCCAUACAUCUAUCAACAUGAGACCAACACGUCAAGCUGUGCGAAACCACACAGCAAUCAAAAGGAGACGCAUUGAAAACCCUCCGGUAGAAUCUGAAAAUUCUGGGGCAGACCAGACAGCUGUUUCAACAAACAGCACCCUGCCGAUGUCAGAAGUCCAAGCACUCAUAAAGGAGGCUUUCAAACAGGGAGUUGAAGAGGCGAGGAGGCUUUAUCUCCCCACAACAGACUCCAAUGUUGUAAACAUGGAUACCAACAAUGCAGACAGUGCGACGACCACCGCAGCUUCAUCGGGAAUGACCAACUUUAGGACCACUACUGAAGACAAUGCACUGACCACCACAACUUCUUCGGGAACCUUAACAGAUCACCCUGUAGUGACAUCACAGGACUCUAUUAGUAGGUCAUCUCAUUCUGUCCUACCAGCAAUGACUUUGGCAGCAGUUGACUCACAGGCAGACCCCACUACCGAUCCAAAUCCGUUCAUGUCUACAUCGAUUCCACUAGCAGAUAUGGUGUGUCUUUCUAUCAAAGAAAAGAUAUGGGCUGGAGAAUUUGUAGAUUUAAGUACCCUCAGUAGGAAAGAGCCAAACACUUUUGAAAUGGUCAUUCGGCAGAACGGUACAGGGUCUCCUGUGGUUCAGUGGGUGCCAAAAACCAAAAGCAAAUCAUUGUCUAUCGAUCAGUGGACUUCCUUAUUUCAUUCCUUUGUUGCAAUUUAUUGUCAAAAGAAACCCCAGGAUUUUGAGGCACUCCUUAAAUAUAUGUCUGUGAUAAGGAAACUUGCUACCAAACAGGCAGAUUGGGCAUAUUAUGACAGUGCAUUCCGCCACCUCAUGGCUGAGAAAGAGUCCUAUCACUGGGAACAUGUCGAGUGGGAGCUAUGGCAUGAAGCAAUGUCUAGAAAGGCUUUUGCUAACAAAAACACUUCUUACCCUAAGGGCACAUGUUGGAGAUUUCUCCAAGGCCGAUUCUGUAGUGGGUGCAAGUUUCUUCAUAAAUGCCCGUACUGUAAUGGGGAUCAUACUCCAAACAUGUGUAAUGUGUCGCAAACUCAAGACACCCCAUUCAAUCCCAUGCCAUUUCGGAACGAGCGAUUCCCAACCCCAUUUCAUGCCUCAAGAUCCCGUGGUUUCCCAAGAAAUCGUUACACCUAUCAUCGUAGAUAA